AUGACCGUUCACGAUUUCCGUCCCGCGGGCCCCGAACAUGACGAAUUUACGAAAUGGGCGAAAGCGCAAGGAAUACAGAUCAGCGGCGUAGCCGCGGUGGCGUUUGCGGGACGAGGGAUUGGGAUUGCUGCCUUGAGGGACAUUGAUGCUGGAGAAACAAUCGUCUCUGUCCCAACUUCUAGCCUUUUGACACUAGACAAUAUACCAUCGGCAUUUAAAAGUAAAUUCCAGGCCGAUACGCCCGUCCAAGGUAUAUUUGCAGCUUAUCUAGCCUGCGACGAUGCGGCCAAAGCAAAGUACGCAUUGUGGCAGGCUACAUGGCCCACCAUGCAGGAUUUUGAAGCUUCGAUGCCGCUACUUUGGCCAGAGUAUGUUAUAGGAACAAAGAGCAAACAGCCCCAUGAAAAUGGAGAGGAUGCGCCGCAGAAAGGAUUCUGCUCUCUAUUACCGCCAUCUGUGUCGGGCUAUUGGAAUUCCAUACCCUCUUCUCAUCAAGUUCCCUCUGACUACUCCCCUACCCAGCAGCGUCUCUUUCAUGACCAGUAUGACAGGUUCCAGAGGGCUUUAAAGCAUGUGAAGCUAGUCUAUCCGUGCAUAGAUCUGAAGGCGUUUACGUAUUACUGGCUUGCAGCGCAUACGCGAUGCUUCUUCUAUGUAGCCAAGAACGCUGCAGUGCCAGAAGAUCGCAACGAAGCGAUGGCAUUAUGUCCGUUUGCUGACUAUUUUAACCAUUCGUGCGAUGACCCUGGGUGCGAAGCGACCUUUGAUGAGGAUGGGUAUAGCUUUACAACUACAAAAUCCUAUGGUAAGGGCUGA